AGACUUUUAAACAGUGUGUUCAGAAAGGACAGCGAAGCCUUUUCACAUCACAAAACAUAGGCCAAACCCAAGCCUGGUUCAUGAAAGACCUGGCUUUGUGCAGCAAGGUCCUAAAUUUCUGCUGAUUGGAAACAAGCCUGAAGAAAAGGAUACCAGCUCUUCCUGUCUGCGUGGUCCAUCAGCUGAGUCCUCGUUAUGGAGGAAAUAGCAUGCAAGUAUUUAGCAAACCUUCUGAACUUUAAACUGUAAGGAGGUCCUAACUAUGUAUUCACUGCCAGCAUUUCUUCCCAGCAGUGCCUUACUUCUGCAAGCUGUGGUGUUUCUCUGAAAGUAUCUAACUCCACUGUGGACGUAGCACUGUCUUGAAGAGAUAACGUGAACUUGGUUCUGUUAUAUGCAUUGUGUUGGGGAAACUGAGGCACGAAGCAAUGAAGUGACCGCAUGCAAAGGUCAUCUGCAGUGGAGCUGGAAACUGAAACCAGGAAUCCUCACCCCUAAUCGUCCCUUGUUGUUUAUUCAGUGACUAAUCUGAAAGCAGUUUCCUAAUGGAGGCUGUUGAACUUUAGGUCCUAUUUUUCCUUAAGUAGCAAUAAGUGGUGUCUGAUUUUGUGUAUGUAAUCAAAAAUGAGGCGGUUCUCAUGUCCAGAAGUUCAGCAGCAAAAGAAGGGCUCAGGAUGGGAGCGGGAGAUGUCUGCUGGGACUGCUAUGCUGGGAAGUGAUGCUCGGGAUCUGGGAGCAGCAGUGAGGAUGUUUGGAUUUGGUUUUUUUAAGCACUCCUUGUUAACAGGCAGUGUGAAGGCACAAGGCAGCAUAAUGUCUCAACUUCCAUAAGAGCUGGUAUGUGUUUUCUUAAUGCCCUGACACCAGGUUCCAGUCUAAUACAAAAGUCUGAUCUCUCAUUUUCCAAACAAACCUGGAAUGGAAAAAAGUUUGUUUCUUCCCAGUUUCAAGUGAAAUGAAAGUGAAAUGGAAAUGGGACGAUGUUUGUGUGCUGCGAAGGCUGGAGGGGAAAAAAUGCAAGAAACCUGAUUCCAAAGCAAACUUAAAAGCAAAGCGAAGGCCCCAUCCCAAUAGCUGGAGUGGAGCAGAUUUGUUGGUUUAUAAAACCCAGUGAUCUCUGGAGCACUGACUCAGGAUGUCUGAAUGCCUGGGCUUGCCAAGAGCCACGAGCUGAAACGUGGACCGAGUCUGUUUAUGCCAUAUAUGGGAGACUUCCUCUUGGUGACAAAGGUUUGGGGUCCGAAGGAUGUGAGUUCUUAAAGGCUGAAUGAAGCUUUUAUUACUUAUGAUCUUCUCAGUCUUUUCUACCUAUCUUCCACAGUUACUAUGUGGGCAAGCUGCUGUAACUGGUUCUGCCUGGAUGGCUCACCCGAGGAGAUGCAGGCACCGCAGGGAGCCCGUGCCCAAGCCUACUCCAACCCCGGGUACAGCUCCUUCCCAUCACCCACAGCUUCGGAGCAGAGCUGCAAAGCGUGUGGGCUGCACUUCGACAGCUCCUCGAGGAAGCAUAUCUGCUUGGACUGUAAGAAGAACUUCUGCACGUCCUGUUCAAGCCAGCCCGAAGGUGGUCCCCUGCUCUGCCACCUCUGUCAGCGUGUCCGAGCCACAGCUUUUCAGCGGGAAGAGCUGAUCAAGAUGAAGGUGAAGGAUCUGCGAGACUACUUGGCGCUCCGAGAGAUCUCCACCGAGCUGUGCCGUGAGAAGGAGGACCUGGUGUUCCUGGUUCUUGGCCACCAACCACCGCUUAGCCAGGAGGAACAGAUGAGAACAAACCCAUUUAAUACUAGUGCCUCUGGACAGCAAGACUUUGUGAUUCUCCCACCACCCAGCACAGCCUCUCCUACCUCACACGACGCAUCCCCGGUGUCUGCAGAUCCCACCUCAAGCUCACUAGCUCAGGAACACCGAGAGGGAAUUGGGUAUGUGCCUCCAAGCCAAGUUGGUAUGACAGGAGUUGAGAAUGCAGCAGAAGCACCAACAGAGGAGGAGACACAGUCUACUGACUCAGAAGAUAACCUGGUGCACGGGAGGAAGGCUUCUCUUUCUGAUCUGACAAGCAUUGGAGACAUCAGUGAGUUGUCUGUGCGACAGCUGAAGGAAAUUCUUGCUCGCAACUUUGUCAACUACAAAGGCUGCUGUGAGAAGUGGGAGCUGCUAGAGAGGGUGACCCGUCUUUAUAAAGAGAAAGACCUUCAGCAUCUAGUUUCCGACACUGAUGAUCAAACUGGUGGUGCUGGGCUCCCUGGUGUGGAGGACAACCUCUGCAAAAUCUGCAUGGACUUACCCAUAGACUGCGUCCUGCUCGAGUGUGGCCACAUGGUCACUUGCACCAAGUGCGGAAAGAGAAUGAGUGAGUGUCCCAUAUGUAGGCAGUAUGUGAUAAGGGCUGUCCAUGUCUUUAAGUCUUAAGUAUGCAUAAGGGAGACUGGUGAUGCCUUAAAGCCUCAUCUGCUGUUAGAGAAAUGGGCGAAGUUGCUACAAAAAGUUAGGUCAGAGAUUAAGAUACAGGCCCUGUUGGGAGCAAGGGAAGGAUGAAGCCUGGGGAAUUGCCUACUCAAGCCAUGUUUGCCUGUGCCCUUUCCACCAUACUGUUUUAAACCACAGUGCCUGGACUCCCCGGAGCUUAUUGCCAGCAGCAGACAAAUAAUUAGCAACCUCCAUUCUAGAGUAACUGGAUCCUCAGGUGGGAGACAAAUGGAUGUUUCUCACCAUAGAUCCUGAAGGUUCCUAUUUUUCACUGAAUAAAAAACACAGUAGACUACGGUCUCAAAAAGUGACAUGUUUUGCUGCUAUUGAAUGUUGACUCUACUUCUGUUGUGUUGGGCAACACACCCACUGACAGCUUAGUUUUCAAGGAAUAAAAUUCUACUUUUUUUUUCCUAAAUUUAUUAGCUUCUUUUGCUUGCAGGACAGGCAGAUUGCCUCCAAUUUCCAUCUUCAGAAUAAGCUUAAUUCUAGCCUAGUAGGAUUAUGGAGAAAAUGUAUUGUUUUAUUUGAAGAUGGGCUCUAGCUUGCUGAAAAAAAAAAAUGGGUAGUGAAAGACUGAAACAUACAGCUUUACCUUGCCUGGUGUUCACUGUUUGUGCCAACAGGACAGGGACAUACAGUCUGCUGCUGCUGGUUUGUUUGACUUUGUAGGUUUCCUUACAGUAGAGGUCAGCAGUCACUUCAUGCGAUUAAGGAGCUAAGAAUCCACACCUUGAGUAUUUUAGAUUUUGAGCUAGAGUAAGGUUUCUAUUGCUACACAAUCAUAGUUAAGGAUAGGUGACCUUAGAAGAGAGACCUGAAAGAAAGCAGAGGUGAACUUUAUCUCCCUUGAAUCAAUAAAAUGACAAGUGAUCAUCAGAGCAGAAACUUCUGUUUACUACAGCCCUGCUGCAUUAAGACUGCUUAGCAAAAGUAUGUAUUUUGUGAUCAUUCUGCUUGUGAGGGUGGAUAAGGUCUGUGGUAUGACAGGUGACAAUCACAAGCCCUUGGAGCUAUCCUUGAAGAGUUUGUUCUCAUGGAAGCUUUGCUAGAGAGAACAGAUGGGCGUGCAGUGGCCUGCAAGUGGCUGGUCCAUUGGGCUCAAAGUUCCAGAAUUUUGAUGCCUUGAGUUUUCUGCCACUGUGGGAUUGCAUACUUGUUCCAAGUAACUUCUGAACUUGAGUACCUUCUGCUGCAGGUUUUUCCUGCUCAACUUUCCCUUUUAUCAGGUGCAUCAAACUAAAUCUGUGUGGGUGUCUAGUGUGGAAUGGCAUAAAACAAGUGUUGACUUAAAGCUUCUGGAGUAGUGGAAAUGCAGUUACAGAAGUAUCAUUAAAGCCAUCUACUAUCUAUUAAAGCAAUGUUAGAUAACAGCAAAUCAACUUCUGCAAUACUUAACAUGCAGUCUUUAAUGUUGCAUAAGUGGCAACACCCUCAGCUGGCACAGAGCAGAGGGGCUCUGCUUUAAAAGUAGGGAUUAUGGACUUAAGAUGAAGACAUCCAUCAUGCCACAGCUACCAACCUCUGUACUGCUGGGGUGGCCUCUGAACUUCCUGGUAAAAGCAGGACAGCUGUUGAGGCUUAUUCAACUAAAAACACUGAGGUUUUCUUCCCCUGUUCAGGUUGUUCUCUAAUACUUGGCUUGAGGUUUAACAGCUUCCAGCAUGAGAACUGAUACAAUUCAAUGCAUCAUGUUAAAAAAAAAAGUGCAGGUAAGCAUUAACUAUUUACUCUUCAGGAGAUUCACAGGGAAAUCUUUAAGAGAUCAGAGUACACAAAGCUUUGAACAGUCUCAUUAGUAAAUUCACUGUGAGAAUUCAUGUCACUUUUCAAUAACUCAGGACUGGGGGUAUGUAGCAAGAUCAUUCCCCUGGGGGCAGAUCUGCUUUUACAGGGUAGAUUUAUUUUCUAUGGUAAAUAUAUCAAGCUGCAAAUCAAUGGCAGAAAUUCUAUGAAUGAGAAGAAGUACCCAGCUGAAGUCUGAAAUGUGCUUUCUGAAGGGAAAAGCACCUUUUUCUGACUACACUGUUUUGCUUGUGUGAAAUCAAAAUCUGGAAGAACUGUUUAAUAAUCCAAAGGAAUAUAGUGAUUUGAACUAAUAAAGUAAAUGGAAAUAUUUAUGUGCUUUAUGUACACUGUACAUAGUUUAAAUAUUUUAAAGUUAAUAUUCUACUUGAAAUGGCAUGUUAUUCUCUAUUAAAUCCUCUUGGUACUACAAUAGUUAAACUUACUAGUUUUGGUACGGAAGCUUGGUUUAUAAUUUUAUAAUAAAGGUGAAAUGUGAUUUAGUUAA